GAGCGGCCGUGGCGGGCGCGGCGAACGGCAGCAGUCUGGCGCCGCCGGAGCCCGCAGGCAUCGCCUGGGAGUCUCUGUCGAACGACGGCGAGGAGGCGCCCUCUUGGGACGAGAUCCGCGGUCAGGAGUCGGGCGCGGUCGAGUCCUGGAAACGCGAGCUGCUCCGCUUCUGUGCGGCCAGCAACCGGGGUCUCGGCGCCAGCAGGGAGGACGUGCGGCGGGUCACCGCGCUGGCCGAGAAGCUGGAGGGGUCGUUCCGGGCGCCGCAGGGAUCGGAGAAGCGGCUUGAGGCGCUGACGGGGUCGUGGGCCAUCAUUUUCACAACCUCCCCCGACCUCACCUCGCUGAGGACGCUGCCGCUGCCCGGGUGGAGCACAGAGCGCAUAGGCCAGUCCUUCCGGUCCAACAUGGACGCGACCAACGAGAUCGAGUUCGUGUCGCCGCUGGGGAGCCGGGUCGACCAGACCGUGCAGUGCAAGUGGAAGCUCGUAGAGCCGGGGGCGGAGAAGCUGAGAGUAGAGCUCCUGUUUGCCGGCAGCUCCACGAGGCUGCGCGAGGUGAUGGGCUUCGAGCCCCCCGUGCCGCCCCUCACGCUGCCGCUGCCGCCAGCGGCCGGAGUUUUCGAGGUGUCGUUCGUGGACGAUCGGAGGGCCGCAGGUGUACACCUGCUCUCCUCCCGGCCGGGCCGAUCCUGGGCCCAGGGCGGGCCUGGCCAGGAUCGGGUGCCCAGACGCGCGAUGCCCGGACUUUUUCGGCACGGGGUCCCUGGAAGUCCCGGCCCUUCUUCACGGAGGGCGGGUCUUUCACACAUGUCGCGUUUGAGCGGGCACGGGGGCCCCGCGAGGGCUCCCAGAGCCCGCAGGCCACCCAAAAGCUCCCGGCGUGAUUGUUUCACCACUCGAGGCGGAUCUGGGUACAGGCUGGCUUGUACGGACCUGCCCUCCUAG